GGACAGUAUGUUUGAGGACAUUUACAAAUGCAGGGGCUUGUACACACUCCUACUUGCUGGUGGGUUCAGAACGCACGAGAUGAGGAUACCCAACAAACUUGCAAAGCGCUUGAAAAGACUGCGCACUUUGGAUCUAAGCAAUUCAGACCUGACUAUGUUGCCUGAAUCGAUUGGCACUUUGAAGCAUCUUCGUUGCCUCCAGCUUCAAAACACAAAAAUUACAAGGCUGCCCGAAUCAGUGGGUUGCCUGUACAACCUUCAAACAUUGGGUCUUAGAAACUGUGACAUUGUCAAGCUGCCUUGCAACAUGAAGAAUCUUCGAAAAUUGCGGCACCUUGAUCUACGUCUUGAUGAUGAUUCAGUGUUGGGAACACAGGGAGCCAAGUCUAGAGUGCAUAAUUUAAGGUCAAUGCCACCAGAAAUUGGGCUAUUAACCGAUCUCCAGACAUUGUCAAGAUUUGUCAUGGGUACGAUGUAUAAAUCUGGGAUAAGUGAGCUGAAAGACUUGAACCAUCUCCAUGGAGAACUUCUAAUUUCAAACCUUCACCUAGUUCUAGAUGCAGCAGAAGCAAAGGAGGCGAAUUUAGCUGGAAAGCGAUAUAUUCACAGGUUAGAGCUACGAUGGAGCUAUUCACGUGGUGCGCGUGAUGUGAAAGUUCUAGAUAGUCUCCAACCUCACACCAACCUCAGAGAGCUAAUGAUAGUAGGCUAUGGAGGUGCUUCAUUUCCAGAUUGGAUAUGUCAUUCUUCCUUCUCCAAUCUAGUAAUCUUGUCACUCUCCGACUGUGGUAAAUGUGAUAAACUCCCACCACUUGGACAGUUGCCUGUUCUGAAGGAACUGUACGUAAAAAGAAUGGAUUCAGUGAAGAGAGUGGAUUGCUCAUUUUGUGGUCAUGAUAGAAGAAAGUUCCCAUCAUUGCAAAAGCUACACUUCGAGAGCAUGCAUUGCCUGCAGGUUUGGUGUGGAGCUGAUGAUUGCCUCCUUUCUUCGCUUCGAGAGCUUGUUUUCAAGAAUUGCGCUGAUCUUCGACAACUCACUCAUAAUCUUCCUUCCCUGACAAAGUUGGAGAUCGAGGGAUCCCCAAAAUUAGUUGGCUUGCGAAGCUUCCCAUCUCUCCAAUUUUUAGAGGUGAAGGCCAGUGGUGAAUGGGUUUUCGACUCGUGGUCCAGUGUUGCUCCUCUUUCUUCCCUGACCCUCAGCGGGUUGCCAACAAUAAGCUUGCCUUCAGAACUCCAACUUGGGCAUGCUUCUAUACGCUGCUUGGAAAUCAGUCACUGUGACCAAUUGGUAUCAUUGCCUGACAAUUGGCUCCCCCCUGGCCUUACCUAUUUUGCGAUCAAACAUUGUCCUCAACUCAGUGCUCUACCUAGGGGACUGCAGGACCUAAGGAAGCUGGAAGACUUGGAAAUCCAGAACUGUAGGCAGCUAGAGUACCUACCAGAUGGGCUCAAGAACCUGACAUCGCUCACGCGUUUUGAGAUUUCAGAUUGUCCUCAGCUUUUAUGCUUGCCAAAUGAUGGUCUGCCAACUAAACUUCGGUUCUUGAGCAUCGACAAUUGUCCAGAGCUCAGGUGACGGUGCAAAGAGGAGGUAGGUGAAGACUGGCCCAAGAUUGAGCACAUCUUCUCGGUAUGGAUUGAUAAACAACCGGUGGUUUCCUCUGUUCAGCCUCAACGCGAAAGUCGGAGCACGCCCCCUUUUUAUGAAGGGCAAAGCUCAGGGCAAUAAAUGGGAAUGAUUGCAAGUGCCGUCACCUUUAUUCUGGUAUCAAGGCAAUGAAUCCAUUUCGUAGUUUGAUGUUUCUGUCGUGUUGCGGAGCAACAAAGUAUCACGGAUGGGUAUCAUUUUAUGAGGUGCAUAGCUUCGGAUUCUCUCUCUCUCUCGCGUAUGCACGUUGAGAAAAUUAAAGGAUUAAAUAUUUCGUAAGUCAAUUUCUUGCAAGUGUCAGGAGCAUGGUUUUUGGUGCUUGCAGUAUUCCUUGUGAGGACGUUGAUGCAGUUACAUGCUAGAUUUCAUACUCUGUAGUCUGUACUUUGGUUUGUCGUGAACCGAUUAUCAGUUUCAAAACUUCUUUAUGUACUUGUGGCUCAAAACAGAGUAGUUGCCUCAAAAAUGAAAAGCAUGAUAUUUUU